UUCUGUGGUACUUGUGCGCGCACGUUAUCGCGGUAGGUAUGUCGUAUGUGCCACAUGCGGUUAUGAACGGUUGUGAACAGUUUAGUUGUUACUUGUUACUUGUUCAUCUUAGUCGUUUGACGAAUGUGGUUAACGUUGUGUUUAUUAAAUUAAUAGUAGUAUUUACGUUUGUUGUUUCGAAGCGGUUUGGUCGGUUUUCGAUUGUGGGUGUUGGAAAAGAUUAUAAAUCCAACAGAUUUUUACAAUACAUUAAAUUAAAGACGCUAUAUGAUCACUCCGACGCGUGUUUUCUCCGAUCGGAUGUGCGAAUCGAAUGUGAAUUAAAUUCCUGAGUUCGAAUAUGACUCGAUGACGCCGGAAUUUUCUUUUGUGACCGUCGCCAUACACACUGCACAGGAUUAAUAAACUCGGACCCCGCCACAAACAGCACGAUUCAAUGUGAAUAUCGGAAUAUUCCUCGGUCGGCGAGACUGCGACGUAUAUUAUAUACGUGUAUACUAUUAAAUUAACAAUACCUACUUACGAUAGUUUACUCAGUGGCACUGGUAAUGGUUUCAAGACAUUUUAGACGACGAUAAGAACACAACUCGUCCAUAAUGAGUGUGCAAAAUCUUCGGAACAAGUUCAGCCAGAACAACGGAUCAGUUCCAUACAACCCACCAGGGUUGAGUUAUGGAAAAUCCGAUUCCACUCAAAACAAUAAUAACAACAAACACCAUCACCACCAAAUAUUGAAUUAUCAGAUGCAAAACGGUGGCAGUGGACGGUUCAAGACGAUUCGCGAGGAGCCGGAUGCACCGGAAGACUGUAGUAACAAGCCGGUGGCGACCAAGAACAACAGUUUUCUGCAAAGUUAUUUAGCGAGUGAGAUGACGAGGAACAGUGGUUCGACCGGUAAUGGAAGUAAGCCGAUAGCUGCGGUACAGGUGCCGGUGCACAAUCGGUUCAUCGCCUGUAAGUCGUCACCGACGGCGGAAGUUGCGUCGAAACUUGCGGUCAAGUCCUCUCAGGAAAGCUGCACAACAAAAUUGUCAUUUGGUGAGGUGAAAUCGUCAUUAAAGUCUCCAACCGCUCCUGUGCAUCCGCCCAAACCAAUCGGUGCCAAACCGAUACUUCCGCCGCUGCUGCCGGACAGUACUCCACCUAGGUUAUCUGUCAAAUCUUCACCGGUCCUAAAUAGCAACAUCAGUCCUGUACCAACCUCCGAGGAUAGAUGGAAGAACAAAUACGACGAAACGGAAACAAAGCGAAAGAGUCUUUUGAUUCAGUCUCAAAAACUGUUGAGAGAAAAGUCGGACAUGGAACGUCAAGUGGCGAAGCUGCGAACCAAUCUCGAAUUGUCGAAUAAAGAUUUAUCGGAAAAGACCUUGCAACUCUCUCAACUAAGGAAUCUUUCAGAAGCAAUGUACAAGGAAUACGACCAAUUAAAACAACAAUACGAACUCGAGACAACUACGUUGCAAAAGGCGAUGGAACGAGCUUCGCAGUGGUAUAAGCAAAAUCGUGAACUAAAAAGAAGGAGCUCGGCGUUAAUGCAAAAAGUAAUGUCCGUGGCACCGUCCUCGUUGGAUGAUUUAGCAGACGACACGGAUGGUAAUGAAAACGAUACGGACAACAACGACAUCGAAAUAGAAGAACUGCGGAAAACUGUCAAAGAGCUUACUCAAGAAGUUUCGAGGCUACAAGCAGAAUUAAAUAAAAUAAAAUUACAAGAGUUUGAAGCCCAAGAGCAGACAGUAGACUUGACUUCUGAAUUAGAGGAAGAGCGUAGGGCGCGAAAUCGUGCUGAACAAGAACUGAAAGAAUUGAAAAUGAAACACAACAAUUUGGAAUCAGUUAGCCGUAAAGUAGUUGAAGAGACAACUGUGUUACACCAACAGUAUAAGAGAGAAAAAGAAGAAGGCGUAAAGAUACGAAGUGAUGCAAAUAAAGUAAAGUCUGAAAGAGAUGUACUUGCCAGGCAAAGCCAAUUGUUGAUGAUGGAUGCUGCAUCGGAUGAAAAGAUUAUGAAACUUUUGUUUGAGAUAGAACAAUUGCAAAGAACACUUAACCAAGAGAGGCAAGAGCAUAUCGAACAGUUAAAAGAUUUACAUGAAAAGUUGGAAUCUCAAAGUGAAUCUGAACAAAUUGAAUUGUACGAAGAGAAGUUAAAGUUAAUCGAAGCAGAAUUACUAUGUUCUCAGCAGAGAGUUGACAUUGCUGAAUCUCGGGUUGAAGAUCUUGAGAAACAACUUCGAGAAACUAAAACUGUAGUUGCAACAUCCCAGUGCAAACCUCCACUACCACCACCAGCUCCACCGGCACCACCACCACCACCACCACCUCCACUGAUGGCGUUGCCGGGGACGACCAGCGGCAUCAAGUUGAAAACGGUUAGCUCGCUGAACCAUAACUCUAAUGCCAUUGAAGAUUUAGGGAAUUACUUGGGACUGCCACUAGCUACUCCCAAAGGCCCUCAAGUCCAGAACGGUGCCAUUGAUGCAAUAAUCAACCAGAUAAAAGGAGGUCGUUUCAGUCUGAAAGCCACAGACAAGGAGAAACAAACUCUGGUCAAAAAACAAGAACCGCAGCCAGUUGUCAACGAGAUGAUGAAUGUUCUAGGCACAUUGCGCCGGAAUCCCAAACGGAGAGCUAGUUUUAAAACAGCACCUGCCGACGUGGCACUAUAAUAGUAAUUGAAAUAUUUUUACAGUCCAUAAUUGUCUUCAUGUCUCGUUCAAAACAAUUAUUAUAAUUAUAAAUAUAUAUAAAUUAUUUUGUUCCUCGAAUAUAUGUGUGUUUGUGUGCUCGAGUAUACUCGACAGACAUUUUCACUACUCAUUUAAAGAAAAAAUUGUCAUUUUAUUGUACAUAAUAUAUUACAUAUAAAUUUAUAUAAUCCUGUUGCUAUA